UUUUACUUGUCCUCUACCGGUAAUCCUUUAUAAUAUACGGGCAUCAUGGCGAUUGUAUUGAAGAAUUUAGCAAGACAAGCUCCAGUUAGACACUUGGGAGUUCGAAGUUGUUAUACGAUGACCCGCAGUAAUUUGAUGAUUAAACAAGACACCAAAGUUAUUUGUCAAGGGUUUACAGGAAAACAGGGUACUUUUCACAGUCAGCAAGCUUUAGAAUAUGGAACCCAACUGGUUGCAGGAGUUUCCCCAGGAAAAGGAGGAAAAAAGCAUCUAGGAGUUCCAGUUUUUGACAGUGUGAAAGAGGCUGUUGCAGAAACUGGUGCCACAGCAUCUGUAAUCUAUGUCCCAGCACCAUUUGCAGCAAAAGCUAUUGAUGAAGCUAUAGAUGCAGAGGUUCCACUGGUGGUAUGUAUAACUGAAGGUAUUCCCCAGUUGGACAUGGUCAGAAUUAAGCAUCGUCUUCUACAACAGUCAAAAACCAGAUUGAUUGGGCCCAACUGUCCUGGUAUCAUAAAGCCAGGAGAGUGCAAGAUUGGAAUUAUGCCAGGACACAUACAUGAGAAAGGAAAAAUUGCUAUUGUAUCACGGUCUGGAACUCUUACUUAUGAAGCUGUACAUCAAACAACCCAAGUAGGCUUGGGACAAACAUUAUGUGUUGGAAUUGGUGGAGAUCCUUUCAAUGGGACAAACUUCAGAGAUUGUCUUGAAGUAUUUCUUAAUGAUCCAGAAACUAAAGGCAUAAUUCUUAUUGGUGAGAUUGGUGGUGGAGCCGAGGAAAGAGCAGCAGAAUAUUUAAUGGAUCACAAUAAGGGUAGUAAUUCUGCUAAACCUGUGGUAUCCUUUAUUGCUGGGCUAACUGCACCUCCAGGAAGAAGAAUGGGGCAUGCUGGAGCUAUUAUUGCUGGAGGGAAAGGUGGUGCAAAGGAGAAGAUCGAAGCUUUGAAGGCAGCUGAUGUAAUUGUCACGAAAUCUCCUGCACAAAUGGGGGCAGUAAUGUAUCAAGAGAUGCAGAAGCGAGGCAUAGCUUGAAGAUUAGAUGCCGUAGAUGUCUUGAAAUUACCAGUAGAGGAAUGCUUGUUGUCACAUUAUCCGAGAGUAACAUAACUAUUGCAAACUUAGUGUAAAUGAAAUAAUGUGUAAACCAAUAUUUUUACCCAUCUUUUUUGUUGCUGUUUGGUAGAUAUGACAAAAUUACCGACUGUGAUGGAUAUUAGUAUAUUAUUAUUUUGUUAAUUUUAAUUUCUCUUCUGAAAGCAGGUUUAGUUUGAAACAUUUGGUAGUAUUAAAUCAUUUAAAUUUAUUUUUAUAUUAUUACUCAUGCAUUCACUUGGAAAGUAGUCAUUUUAUUAUUUAUUAAAGAUACCAGUGAUAUAGGUUUGUUUUGUGACUUUGUUUAAUAUUUUUUAACUUUACACUGGGAUGUUUUAUGGUUGGGAAGUGUUUAAUCACAAGUAAUUUGUAUUAUAUUUAUGAAGUAAAUAAAUAAUAUAAUUUUUCUCAUUAUGUAUUUGCAUCACUUUGAAUAAAAUUUUAAUGCAAAUAUUUUUAAUUUUCUAGAAUAAAAUAAACAAUUUAUUUCAAUUAACCUCCAAUCUAUAUGGUAAGUCAUAUUCCACAAAGAAGUUUCAUAAGCUUAAAAACAAGUAUGUACUUCACCAAUCAAUGAAAUGUUCAAAUAUUUACUAUAAAAUUUUUUUCAUUAUGAUGAUGCAUAUCCUUGACAGUAGCUUUUUUUUUGUCAUCAAAUACACAGAUCACUGCUAUUCAAAAUUAAGACAAAUAUUAAGGUUUACUUUCCUGAGAAUUCUCAAUAAAAUAUUCUAGAAUACAAUGAUUAAUUUUGCUACUGUUUAUUCUGUAUGUCAAGGCAUUAGACUGUUGCUUAUAGGAGGAGUAUCUUAACUUAGAGUUUGGUAUUUCAAACUUGAUUUGUUGUAAGUAAUGUAUCUGCUGAAUGAUGGUACUAAUUGUAGAAUGAUGUUUUUGAAUGUAUAUAAAAGACUAACAAACUAAA